AUGGACCGCGGGAGUCUGUAUGAACACGACAUCCCUUCUCUCAGCGCCUCGCUCGAGGCCUUUGACCCCGAGCGCAGCAUGCACUCGGCCUACAGCAGCCGCUCCAACAUGCACUCGUCGCGAUGGAGCGUACCCCAGGACGACCCAGACUCCGAGACCGAGUCGGACGGCCCUUGGGCCCCUCCGGCAUGGCAAAAAUCACAGUCCAGCAACCACUGGUACCGCAAGUCGCUGCUGGGCGAAAGCGCAAUGCGCAACAGCCCCUCCAGGUCGCCAUUCGACUACCGCACUGAUCGCGAAGUCACUCCCUCGCGCAUACCAUUGCCCGAGUCGCCAUACAAGCAGACGCCGCGCACAAGUCCAGAGCCCAUACCAGAGGAAGAACAGAGAUUCCUGUCCGCCAGCAUCGCCUCGCGCCUCCAGAGUCCCGCCCUCGUCGUCGUCGCCGACGACCACCCCGCCCCGCCCACCCCAAGUCCAUGCGCGCUCCCAGGAAAGGAGCUGGAGCUGUCGCAUCAUGACCAGGACGGUCCAGCAGAGGGUUUCAUGCGCUUUGCUUACAGAGGAGAAGCCAAGUUUCGUACCGCACCCAUUGAGGACACCAUUUCUACUUUUGCCAGUGGCCUUCACAUCUUCACCAAGUCAAGAGCAAACGUCAUUCUUACCGUUGCCACUGUCCUGCUGUCAUGGAUCCUUCUGCAGCCCUGGACAGCCAGCCUAAUUCCAGACGUCGCAAACGUAGCCAACAUGGCCAAGCAGUUUGAGCCGCUUCUCUACGCGUCUGAAAAUGUAAUACCGCGGUCGCGCGAGCUCGCAGAGGCAAGUAUCGCUGUCCAAGAUUUAGGAGAGAGCGUUCGAGCGACAAAUAUGUCGGCGUCCUCGGUCAUUAUUGACCAGCUCGACGACUUGGGCGACAGCCUCAAGAUCUUGUCUGAGAAGAUUACGAGCUUCUUCACAAAUGUGGACGGUGAUAUGGACUCCAUCCUUAUCACCAUGGAGUGGGCCAAGCGCGAGCUGCAGAGCAUCCAAGGCCCCAAGAUUGGUGUGAUUGAUACAAUCAUCGGAAACGUGCACGGUGGUCUGAGUAAGAUUGGCCUGCUUGAGCGCAAUGGCUCCCCCACUGCGAUAGGGCGUGUGGUAAAUGAUGUUCUCGGCCACACUACCCAGCAGCGCUCCAAAGCCACCCUGCAACGCACAUUUGACUAUCUCCUCUCCACGCUAGAAGAGAACAUUGCAAACGAGCUUGCGCGCGCAGACGUGCUAUUCCAGCUCUUCGAAAGCGUAGACCGGCAAUUCCACAACCUCCAUCGCUCUGUUGCCAAGGAAGAGGACUCGCUCGCAAACAGAAAAGACGAGUUCCUCGCGUCCAUGUGGCGCAUGACCAUCAACAACAAGAUGAAGAUUAAAAAGUACGAGAGGAACCUGAAGCUCCUCAAGGAUGUCCGCGCAUCCACUUUGAUCAACAAGUCUGAGCUCAAGGGCCAUAUCCAAAUCAUCCACUCCGUCAAAGACCAACUGGACAAGGCGCGCAAAAACCUCAUUAGCCCCCUCAUCCGCCGGGCACAGAGCAACAGCUUCGGCCUGGAGCAACAACUCAACGACCUGACAGGAACCUAUGGAUUUCUGAAAAACCUUCGAGACGGCCAAAAGAAGAAAGUCCUCCAGCAAUUAUGGGGCGAGCCCAAAAAGCGCAUCGCCAUUACAGCUGGUGGCAAAGAGGAAGAGAUUGACGAGGGCGACCACUAA